AUGACAUUCAGCUACUCAGAGAUACAGCUAGCAACAAAUGAUUUUUCAAAGGAGAACUUAUUAGGAGAAGGUGGAUACGGUCAUGUGUAUAAAGGUGAGCUCAAGGAUGGACAGCAGAUUGCAGCAAAGGUACGGAAAGAAGCAAGUCAACAAGGCUUUACAGAAUUUCACUCUGAGGUCUAUGUCUUAAGUUUUGCACGCCACAAGAACAUAGUCAUGCUGUUGGGCUAUUGUUGCAAGGAGAAUCUAAAUAUCUUGGUUUAUGAAUAUAUUUGCAACAACUCUCUUGAGUGGCACUUAUUUGAUGAUAACACAGCAAUCCUCGAAUGGCACCAAAGGCAUGCUAUCGCCAUUGGAACUGCAAAAGGAUUGCGUUUCCUGCACGAAGAAUGUCGUGGAGGUCCUAUAAUUCAUCGAGACAUGCGACCAAGCAAUAUACUUCUUACACACGAUUAUGUUCCCAUGUUAGGUGAUUUUGGCCUAGCCAAAUGGAAGAUGAGUGAUGAUCCUGUGCAGACAAGGAUACUUGGCACAUUAGGCUACCUUGCUCCAGAGUAUGCAGAGAAUGGUAUUGUUUCUGUACGGACAGAUGUAUAUUCAUUUGGCAUGGUUCUGUUACAACUUAUAUCCGGACGCAAGAUUGUUGAUUCAAAACGGAAAGAAAAAGAUGAAUCCCUACGGCAGUGGGCAGAACCAAUAAUCCAGAGGCUAGCACUACAUGAACUCAUUGAUCGUCGUAUUGGAGAUUCAUAUGACACAUAUGAAGUGUACCUCAUGGCUAAAGCCGCAUACUUAUGUGUGCAAAGAAGCCCUGAAAUGCGUCCAUCAAUGGGAGAGGUUGUCCGCAUUCUUGAAGGGGAAAAUGACCAUUUCCACCACCUAGGAGAGCACUUUGUACCUCAUUAUACAAAGUGA